CGCUCGCCUUCUUCAUCCAUCCAUCCUCUCAGGAUCCAAGAUGGCGGCGGAAGCGGCGGCUCCUCCAUCGCCUCCUCCCCCUCCGCCGCCGGGAGGCUGCCCGGCUUCGUGCCCCAGCUUCGCCGUGGUCUGCUCCUUCCUGGAGCGCUACGGGGCCCUCCUCGACCUGCCCGAGAUGCCCUUCCCGGAGCUGGAGCGGGCCUUGCGCGGGAGCGGCGCCCAGCAGCAGGUUCCAAGAGAGCUUGUAGAGCUUCAUCUGAAACUGAUGAGAAAAAUUGGGAAGUCUGUCACAGCAGAUCGAUGGGAAAAAUACUUAAUCAAGAUGUGUCAAGAAUUCAACAGCACCUGGGCAUGGGAGAUGGAAAAAAAAGGCUAUCUUGAAAUGAGCAUUGAAUGCAAAUUGGGGAUACUGAAGUACCUUUGUGAGUGCCAGUUUGAUGACAAUCUGAAGUUUAAGAACAUCAUUAAUGAGGAAGAUGCGGAUGCUAUGCGCCUUCAGCCACUUGGCAAAGACAAAGACGGCCUGACAUAUUGGUUCCAGUUGGACCAAGAGCACAAUGUGAGGAUGUACGUAGAAGAGCAGGAUGACCAAGAUGGGACCUCAUGGAAGUGCAUUGUCAGAAGCCGAAAUGAGCUGGCUGAAACUCUUGAGCUCCUGAAAGCACAAAUUGAUCCCGAGCUAUUGAAAAAGCAGCAGCAGAAUGAUUCCUCACAAGAGAACCCCAGUGCGGAAGACGGCGAGGCCAAAAAGGGGGAAGCACCGGCAGCCCAAGAAACUGAAUUAAAAACGACAGGAGAAAAAGAAGAGAUAAAAGAGGAGCAGACAAAGCAACCAGAAAAUCUUCCCUCUGCCGUAAUUCCAGAAGAGGAAAACAAGUUAAAAUCGGAGAGAGUGGAGGAGAAAGAAAUUAUAAAACUGCCAGUUAUUGUCAAGCUAGAGAAAGUUUUGGAAAACAAUGGGGAAGUGCAAAAUACCAAAGAAGAAAAGGACUCUUUUAAGGAAAACGUUAAGCCUAUUAAAGCAGAAGUGAGGGAGUUUAAGCUAGAGCCAAAAGACUUGAAAGAUGUACAUAGUAUCGCAGAGAAAACUGUUCAUGAGCCCGAAAGGACAGAGUUCUGUGUCAGUGUCAAACCUCCCCAGGAAGUGGUGGAGAGGACUGUGGAAGAAAGUGAGAAACUCAAAAAUGACCAGCAAGCGAAGAUCCCCCUGAAAAAGCGGGAGAUUAAGCUGACGGACGAUUAUGACAGCCCGUUAAAGGGACCCUUGCGGAAAUGUAUUACCCCAACCAAGGAGGUUUUGAAAGAGGAGGCGAAACAGGAGGAGGAGACUUUUAAAAGAGUCCCUACCAUUACUGAUGGGAAAUUCCUUGUGAACGGGGAGGUUAGUAGUGAGAAAAUCAUGCCAAAUAAUAAGUUGGACCAUUCACCCAGCGUGAAGGAAGACGCCGGCAGUCUCUGUAAGGAGAAAAAUGGAGUGAGUGGUGAAAAGACGGCAGAGGCUGUUAGCACAAUUGUAAGGACGAGUGACGCAGAGAGAAAUCUCUUGCAUGCGGGGAAGGAGGUGGCUAGCGUGAUUACUGCGGUUCCUCAUCAGAAAGUGCCUUUAAUGGAGGAAACUGGCCCUAAAGAGAAGGAAAGCGUACUUGUGAGUAAGAGCUCGGAUGUUAUUGUCGAGGCAGCUUCCAAAAAGGACGAUGGUCUCAAAAAGCCCGCAGAACCCGUUAAAGAAAAUGAUAGUUUGCCCCUUCCCGAAGGGUGCCAAGAUAAAACUUCUAAAGUAUCUUCCCCGAAGGAGCUGGUUACUCCAACAGAGGAAGAGGGUUUGAGAAGUAAAGAUCAACCAGCGGAGAAGCCAGAUCUACCAAAAGUAGACGUGGUACCAUCUCCGACUCCAAGCCCUCCCUCUGAGAAACCUGUGAGUGAAAAAAAGGGCCCGGACUCCAAAAGCACUGAGGAGGAAAACGUAAAGCUCAAGGAGCAGGAUUCUGAACCAGAGAAAGGAGCGGAAGCUCAAGAGAGUGAGACCUCCAAACAAGGCGAUGCCCAAAGUUCUGUCGAGAAACCGUCGGAGCCUAAAAAGGAGCCUGCGAAAAGCAAGUGCAAAUAUAAGCUGGUUUCUGAAGAAGACAGUUCUCUCACAGAGAACAGGGAAAUCACCUCUGAAAGGCAGAAAGAAGGGAUCAAGCUCACAAUCAGAAUCUCCAGUAGAAAGAGAGGCACUGCUGCUCCAAAGAGUCGGAACUCGGCCGCUGAAAAGGAGGAGGAAGUGGUCAACAUUGGGCGUGUUUUAAGGAGGUCUCCUCGGAUAUCCAAACCUACACAAAAGAUAGCGGAGACCCGGGAUCCCAAGGCUGAGAAAAAACGAAACGAGGAAGAAGAUGAGAAGCCGGCCCCAGUGCAAAAACAAGAGAAGAAAGAGGACCCCAAAAAACAAGAGAAGGGGGUGAAUUCCAAGGCAAGCAAGGCUUCUCAAAAAAAUAAAGUUCGGUGGGCCGGUACUCGAACUCGUGGCAGGUGGAGAUACUCAAGCAACGAUGAGAGUGAAGGCUCAGAAAGUGAAGAAAACUCUGAGGAAGAGGAAAAGGAGGAGGAAGAGGAGGAGGAGGAAGAAGAAGAGGAACCUGCACCUGCUGAUGACGAUGAGCCGUGCAAGAAGUGUGGACUUCCCAAUCACCCUGAGCUGAUUCUCUUGUGCGACUCUUGUGACAGUGGCUACCAUACAGCAUGUCUUCGGCCUCCGCUGAUGAUAAUUCCAGAUGGAGAAUGGUUCUGCCCACCUUGCCAACAUAAAUUACUUUGUGAGAAGAUGGAGGAACAGCUGCAGGAUUUGGAUGUUGUCUUGAAAAAGAAGGAACGUGCAGAACGAAGGAAGGAACGGCUCGUGUACGUGGGGAUCAGUCUUGAGAAUAUCAUUCCUCCACGAGAGCCCGAUAUACCUGAAACCAUGGAGGAAAAGAAGAAAGAUCCCAAAAAGUCAAAGGCAAAGCUGCUAGAAAGGAGGUCAACGAGGCAACGGAAAUGCAUCAGUUAUCGAUUUGAUGAGUUUGAUGAAGCCAUUGAUGAAGCAAUUGAGGAUGACAUCAAGGAAGCUGAUGGAGGAGGUGGGGGAAAAGGGAAAGACAUGUCCAACAUCACAGGCCAUCGCGGGAAGGAUAUCUCCACCAUCCUGGAGGAAGAAAGGAAGGAAAACAAGCGGCCUCCAAGGGCUGCAGCAAUUCGUCGUAAGAAACGGCGACGGCUGAAUGACCUGGACAGCGACAGCAACCUGGAUGAAGAAGAAAGUGAAGAUGAGUUCAGAAUCAGUGACGGAUCUCAGGAUGAGUUUGUUGUGUCAGAUGAGAACGUAGACGAAAGCGAAGAGGAUCAGCAAUCACACGACGACAGCGAUCGAGAAUUCUCCCGGCGUCGACCCAGGAGGCACCAUUCGAGGCCAAUGAGGCAGAGCAGGAGGCUGCGGAGAAAAACAGUCAAGAAAAGAUACUCAGAAGACGACGAAGAGGAGGACUCUGAGGAUAACGUAAGCGGCAACUCUGAAACCGAAAUGUCUUCAGAUUACAGUGAUGACUUUUUAGAAACCCGGAGGAGAUCUCGGCGGAAUCAGAAGAGACAAGUCAACUAUAAGGAAGACUCUGAAAGCGAGGGUUCUCAGAAAAGCUUCCGAUAUGGGAAAGAACUGAGAAGAAUCCACAAACGCAGGCUAUCUAGUUCAGACAGUGAAGAGAGCUACACAAGCAAGAACUCUGAAGACGGCCCACCAGCCAAGUCAAAGCGGUCCGUUCGGAAACGCAGCCACAGCUCCGACGAAGACUCCGAAGGCGAGGAGGGGGACGAGGAAGAGCGGCCUGUCCGAAAGCGUCUGAACCGGAUCGAAACAGACGACGAAGACAACGGCAGCAGUGCCAACGACGAGGCCAAGAAGCCCGCCCCUGCCAGCAAGUCCCCGGAGCCCCAGGCUCCGCCAGACGUCCCCAAGAAGCCCUGCUACCGGAUAGAAAGCGACGAAGAAGAUGACUUUGACAAUGUUGGGAAGGUCGAAAGCCCCUUGGACUACAGUCUGGUGGAUUUGCCCUCCACCAACGGACAAAGCCCUGGGAAAACAAUCGAGAACUUGAUCGGGAAGCCUGCCGACAAGGUUCCCACCCCGAAGGACAGCACGGCCACUGCCAGCUCGGCGCCCAAUGGGACGAGCGGUGGCCCGGAGGCAGGCGGCCCGGAGGAGGACGAAGACGAACUCUUGCGAGUGACUGACCUUGUCGAUUACGUCUGUAACAGUGAACAGUUAUAAGACUUCCAUUUUUUGUGCUAAUUUAUUCCACGGUAGCUCAUACCAGCGGGCCAGUUAUUAAAAAGGUGUUUUAUUUUUCCUAGAAAACUCUCCACUACAGUAUCAAUUUUCAGCAGUCAAGAACUUCACCAGUCCUGCAGUUUGGGGUAUUUUUUUCUCUCUCUCCGCCGACCUGACCCCCUGUGAUGUGACCAGGUUUUUUUGGAACGCUUUUUUGUCAAGAUAAUUACUUUAAAUCCCCUGUUAUCAUUCUUCCCUCCUCCUCUUCUUCCGCUUCCAGAUCCUGAACUCCAUCUACGUACACAGACCUUGUAGUAAACGAGAGAUUUGUAUAUUUUUGACUUUAUAUUUCCUGAGUGCACACACAUUUAGAGGUGUUGGGGGCAUGAGGGCUGGGAUCGUGUAGUCGAAAGAAAAGCAUUCCAAGUUGGUCAGGGCCCAAAAAUCCGAAUUGGGUGGGUGGGUGGCGGCAAAGGGUUGGGGAAGGGGCUGCAGAGGCACUUGUGCUCCAACUUUUUAAUAGGAGAUAUAUAUUCUAUUUAAAUGUUCACAACUUAGAUGGCAAUUUAACAGGC